AUGACUGGCCCUAAACAUAUGCCACCGAACAUAUCGAAACCAAUAGAGUAUUUCAAUUUAUUUUUUACACUAGAAUUUCUGGACAUGUUGAGAAUUGAAACAAAUCGGUAUGCACAACAGUUUUUCGAGAAUGCUGGAGCAGCAAAUACAUCCACAACACUGACCUGGAAGAAAACAACAAUCAAAGAGUUGAGAGCAUUUAUAGCCGUUUUACUCGAAAUGGGAAUAACCCGUAGGCCAACAAUUUUUAGUUACUGGUCACAAAAUCAUCGACACAUCCCAUGGUUUGGCCAAAUGUUUAGCCGGAAUAGAUUCCAGUUGCUUUGUAAAUUUUUUCAUACCGUGGACAAUAGCACAUUACCAGCACGAGAUAACAGUGAAUACGACCCAACAGCAAAGUUUGAACCUGUCGUUGCUCAUGCAAAUAGAAAAUUCAAAUUUCAUUAUUCACCACACCAGCACUUGAGCGUGGACGAAUCAUUAGUAGGAACAAAAAGCAGAUCAGCACUCACCCAGUAUUUGCCAAAUAAGAAGCACCACAAAUGGGGCAUAAAAUUUUGGAUGCUAGCCGAUGGGAUCUCCCAUUAUUGUCUGUCAUUCUUUUGCUAUCGGGGAGCCAAGGACCAACGGGACAAGAGAGAAAUAAAAGAAAAAGGCCUCGCUCAAGUAGUAAUAGAUAAAUUACUCGGUAUGAGUAACUACUUUAUGAAAGGAUACCACAUAACUGUCGACAAUUUUUUUACCAGCAUUGCCUUAGCAAGAUCUCUGUUUGAGAAAAAUACAUUUUUAUCCGGAACAAUACGCAGUAAUAGAAAACAUAUUCCAUCGCAGCUCAAAUCAAAAUUGGAAGUGGGCGAAUAUAAGUACCAAAGAAAUCGGGAAAUACUUCUAUUAGCGUACAGAGAAAAGAAGUCACAGAAAAAAAAUGUACUACUGUUAUCAACGCAUGGAACAGCCGCAAAUAAAACGACU